GAACCUUAUAAGUAUCCCCAUACAUCAACCUCCACGAGUCCGAAGCACCGAAUUCUCUUUUGUCCUCCAAUGGAGGGCUCCUCUAAGCAACCCCUUCUUUCGCCUAAAGACCCUCAAAUCACCGACCAAGCUAGUGAUAAUUAUCUUAUCAGAUUAUCACAUACUUCUUUUGCUUCUUCCUUUGUUGCUGAUUCCGAUGAUAUUCCCCCGAUUACUGGAUUCCGAGAUUUCUUCAGAGAGUUUUCUGUUGAAUCUAAGAAAUUAUGGUACCUUGCGGGUCCAGCAAUAUUUACUUCCCUUUGUCAAUACUCUCUUGGUGCUGUCACUCAAACUUUUGCUGGACAUGUCGGGACUCUUGAGCUUGCUGCCGUUUCUGUUGAAAACUCGGUCAUCGCCGGUUUCUCUUUUGGUGUCAUGUUGGGAAUGGGAAGUGCGUUAGAAACACUAUGCGGACAAGCAUUUGGAGCAGGACAAAUUGAUAUGCUAGGAGUAUACAUGCAAAGAUCAUGGGUUAUUCUCAAUACAACAGCAGUAAUUCUAAUGUUACUUUACAUUUUCGCGGCACCAUUUCUGAGAUUAAUUGGACAAACAGAGGACAUAUCACGGGAAGCAGGGAAAAUGGCUUUAUAUAUGAUUCCUCAACUUUAUGCAUAUGCCAUGAAUUUUCCAAUCGCCAAGUUCUUGCAGUCACAGAGCAAAAUUAUGGUCAUGGCGUGGAUUGCAGCAAUAGCGUUGGUAUUGCAUACUUUUUUCAGCUGGUUAUUUAUGCUAAAACUUGGGUGGGGGCUCGUCGGCGCCGCGGUGGUGCUGAACUCAUCGUGGUGGUUCAUAGUGGUGGCGCAGCUGCUAUAUAUAUUUAGUGGGACUUGCGGACAAGCUUGGUCAGGUUUCUCAUGGAAGGCUUUCCAUAAUCUAUGGGGCUUUGUUAGAUUAUCUCUUGCGUCAGCUGUCAUGCUAUGCCUGGAAACUUGGUACUUUAUGGCGUUGGUCCUCUUCGCUGGUUAUUUAAAGAACGCAGAAGUCGCUGUUGAUGCCCUGUCCAUUUG